AUGGCUGCUAGACGCAUUUAUAAGGAAUUACAAGAUCUGCAACGUAAUCCACCAGAAGGGUGCAGCGCUGGACCAGUGAAUGACACAUAUCCAUUUCAUUGGAGCGCUACUAUAAUGGGUCCAACAGAUUCGCCAUACAGAGGCGGCAUUUUCCAUCUCAACAUACAAUUUCCCCAGGAUUACCCGUUCAAGCCGCCAAAGGUGCUGUCAAAAUUGAAAUGCCCACAUCGGAUUGAAUCGUCUCUAUCGCAACCGAUAAAUUGCCAUUUAGAUAGCAUUCACAACACGGAUUUAUCACCCGAAUAUCAACAGCAAUGGGAGCAUAUGUUUGGACAUUCUAGCAGAUGA